GUGAUCCAUGUCAUUACAAUUACCACUAAAUCUUGACCCCAAAAUAAUGGUAACAAAAGAGCAAAAUACUCACCUACCCGUUAGAUGAUCAGAUCUCAAUCACAAAAUAAAUUAUAUAUUUUUCAUCAUAAAAGAAUAGUCCAAUACAUUUCCUCGUUUUUAUUUGUUUGUUUGACUUCAAAAUCGUACCCUUCUCUCUGCUUCGAUUCCCCAAAGACAAUAUUUUGCAAAGAGUUUAAAAAAGAAGUUAAUUACGAAGUUAUGAAUCCUAAUCCAGUGAUGAGUACUAAUGGGUUUGUGAAACCUGUUCCAACUGAAGAAGAACAAGCAAAGAUAGAGGAAGUGAGGAAGCUGCUAGGCACAUUACCUGAGAAACUUUCGAGCUUUUGUUCGGAUGAUGCGGUUUUGAGGUAUUUAAGAGCGAGGAAUUGGCAUGUCAAUAAAGCUACUAAGAUGCUUAAAGAAACCUUGAAAUGGAGAGUUCAAUACAAACCUGAGGAGAUAUGUUGGGAGGAAGUAGCUGGUGAAUCUGAGACAGGGAAGAUAUAUAGAUCGACUUGUGUCGAUAAACUUGGACGACCUGUUCUUCUCAUGAGACCUAGUGUUGAGAAUUCUAAGUCAGUGAAAGGCCAAAUUAGAUACCUUGUGUAUUGUAUGGAGAACGCAGUCCAAAAUUUGCCACCAGGGGAAGAACAAAUGGUGUGGAUGAUAGACUUCCACGGCUAUAGUUUGGCUAACGUAUCAUUAAGAACUACAAAAGAAACAGCUCAUGUGUUACAAGAACAUUACCCUGAGCGUUUAGCUUUCGCUGUUCUUUACAAUCCUCCCAAGUUCUUUGAACCCUUCUGGAAGGUGGCGAGGCCUUUCUUAGAGCCGAAGACACGGAACAAAGUGAAGUUUGUUUACUCGGAUGAUCAAAACACUAAGCAGAUCAUGGAUGAGAAUUUCGAUAUGGACAAGAUGGAGUCAGCUUUUGGUGGAAACGAUGGCUCGGAUUUCAACAUAAAUAUACAUUCAGAGAGGAUGAAAGAGGACGAUAAGAAAAGACUUGCUGCCUUGGAGGGUAUUGCUUCUGUUUCUCUAGACUCACUCAGCAUCUUAUCAGUCUCUGAUGGUGCUGCCUCUGACAGUGCUCACCCUAUCUCUCAGGAUGUCUCUGAAGACGAGUAUCAUCAACCUCAGACAAAGGGACCAAUCCCGUGAUCGAGUUAUCCAAUGUUUGUAACUUCCUUCUAAGAUUCUAGCUGCAACCAUUGUAUGUUUUUGUAUUCUGUUCUCUACCGCGAAGAGAUUCCAUAUGUAUUUUUUUUUUCUCGAUCAGUAAUAAAACCAUAACAGAGAUGUGCAAGCAA